GUGUUGGACGCGACAGCUUUGAUUCAUUGGAAUUUCAAAACAAGGGCGUCGUCUCUUUCUUCGUGCUGGACCAGACGUGCCGUGCCGUGCCGUGCCAUUCCAACCGCCGAGAUGGAUACCAAGAAAAAAGCCGAGGCCAUGAAGCACUUUGCCGAGGCCGAGAAAGCCGUCAAAACAUCCAUGUUCAAAUGGAAACCCGACCAUGAAGUCGCUUCCCUCUACUAUGAUAAGGCUGGCAUGGCGUUUCGCCUCUGCAAGGAGUACGGCAUGUCCAUUGAAGCGUACGUGAAGGCAAGCAAGUCACAUCAGGCCAUGGGGUCCAUGUACCAUGUGGGGCAAUCCCUGGAAAAUGCUGCCGCCUCAGCCAAGGAGCUGGCUGACUUUACUCAGUUUCGGUCCCUGUUGGAGGAGGCAUCCACGGCGUAUCGCCUCUCUAGCAACUAUCAGGCCGCAGCCCAAGCUCUGGAGAAAGCCGCCAAAACCUGUGUGAAGGAAAAACAGUUGGAGGUGGCGCUGGCACUGUACGUGGACAUUUGCGAGCUCUACAAGGAUGAGGAUAAGGUCCGCCAGUGCAAGCGACCCAUCGAGUCGGCAAUUGGCCUGGCCAUGAAGCUGGGUGAUUUGGACCGAGCCUAUGAACUGCUCGAGGAGCAAGCUGCCAUUCUGAGCGAGACGGCCAGCGCCGGCUUUGUGCACCAGUCCCUGUUGGGCCGACUGGUGAUCAAGCUGUUGCAGGAAGACACGGUGGCGGCACAACGCGUGUAUGACGAGGCUGUUUCAAACUUUACGGGAUUCGCCACCUCCGCUGAAGGCAGCUGUGCCAAUGAUCUCCUCACAGCGAUGGAGGAGGCCGAUGACAGGCGUUUGCAAAGUGUCUUGCAGCAGCAAACCAUGUCCUUCAUCCAGAAUGACCCCGUCAAGGCCACGGCCCCACCUGCUCCUGAGACGAACCCGGCUACCACUGCCUCUGCCGAGGGUGAGCAACCGCCUCCCUACUCGGCAACCGAGGGUGAGGCCAAGGCCCCUGCUGGUGGUGCCGACGCUGCCGAUACCUUUGAAAGCGAAAUGAACCAGGCUCUUGGCGAGAUUGAGGGUGACCUUGCCCAUGAGGAGGCCAACCUGGCACAGGCUGAGGCCGAUGCCGCAGCCGAGGCUCAGGUAGUGUCUGAAGCGUCAAAGGAGGAGACGAUGGUGCAAGAAGAGGCUCAAGAAGAGGCUCAAGAAAAGGCUCAAGAAGAGGCUCAAGAAGAGGCUCAAGAAGAGGCUCAAGAAGAGGCUCAAGAAGAGGCUCAAGAAGAGGCCCAAGAGCAAGAAAAGCAGGCGCAACAAGAAGAAGAAGAAGAGGACGAGGAUGAGGACGGCAUCCUGUAA